UCACGUGACACGUUGCAGUUCCAUCAGAAGACCUUCAAAAGGCAUUGGGUCAGAAAGUCCAUUGUGUUCAAAAAGGUUGCUUUGUUAAUCGAUUUAAAGAACGAUAGAAUGGGUUUAAAAACGAAAAAAGGAACGAAAGGAUGUGCAUCAAAGUAUUUAACACGAGCAGCCGCUUUAAGAAAGCUUCAAUUAAGUCUUGCUGCAUUUCGGCGACUUUGUAUUCUGAAAGGAAUCUAUCCAAGAGAGCCAAAGCGUAAACUUCAUGGAAGAGACAAAACUUACUAUCAUACAAAGGAUAUUCUUCACCUUUAUCAUGAACCUGUGCUUGAAAAGUUACGAUUGCAACAGUCAUUUGAAAAAAAGUACAAACGUGCAAUAAGUCGUCAUGAAAAAGCGGUAGCACGAAGCUUAGAGAAACAACGCCCAUUUUACACAUUAUUUCAUAUAGUCAAAGAACGCUAUAAUACAUUAGUGGAUGCAGUACGUGAUUUAGAUGACGCGUUAUCUACGGUGGCUUUGUUUGCUUGCUUACCAUCGGAUGAUUCAGCUGGUAUUUCUUCAUCCAUCAUCUCUGCGUCAACACAAUUGUUUGAUGAAUUUAUUUUUUUUUGUGCAAAAAAAAAAUUAGUUCGUCGCGUGUUUUGUAGUAUUAAAGGAUUUUACAUUCAAGUGAAAGUGUUAGGCCAAAGUGUUAUUUUUCUUAUUCCGCAUCAAUUCACCCAGGAUAUCACUCAACAAGUGGAUUACAAAGUUUUACUGACGUUUCUUGAAUUUUAUUUAUGUAUGUUAAAAAGUGUUAAUUUUAAGCUUUACUCUAUGGAAUCAUGGGCAUACCCUCCAAAAUGUCAUGCUAAGCUUCUUCGUGCAGGAUAUCGAUUUUUAAGUUUAAGUUUAAAUGAGGUCAAAGCAAUUUUACCCUUUUCCUCUAAAGAGAAACAUUCACUUGAUACUAAAUCACAAGGAAAUUCGUUAGAAUGCGAUGAGACCCAUACAGCUCUCUUUAAUAAGCACGUUGAAGACCUCACAGAGGAGGAGGAAGAGGAAAGAGAGACAGAGGUUAAUUUGGACGAGUUCGAGGGUGAUCCGACAGUUGAACGUUUGAAAGAAGAAUCAGAAGAAGAUAAAGUGAUUCAAUCUCUUUUUUCAGGUCUCUCUUUUUUCAUUUCUCGGGAAGUUCCUCGUGUUGUGUUAGCCUUCUUACUGGAAAGUUGUGGCGCUGAGAUUAUUACUUGGGAAGAUACUCUCUUAGAAGCUGACCCAAACGAUACGAGAAUUACUCAUCAUAUUCUAGAUCGGCCUAUGAAUGAUGCUUUAAAACAGUAUAGUAACACGCGUGAAUUCGUUCAGCCUCAAUGGGUUUUUGAUAGUAUUAACGCACGAAAAGUGCUGCCUAUCAAACCUUAUGGACCCGGGCUUCAACCGCCUGCUCAUUUAUCGCCUUUUGUUGAGAAUUCACAAGAAAGUUUUGCACCUCAACAAAGGUCGACAUUAGAAACACGUCCACUUUAUGAUGACGAAUUCGAUGAAGCACAAGAGGACCAUCACGAAUCGGAUGUCGAUUACAUUGAAGAUCAUGAAAAAUACCGUCAACAAGACGUUUCUGUUGAGCUUCAAAAAGGUGAGGAACCAAAGACACUUGUUCCUCCCAAAAAGAGAAAACGAAGUGAAGAGAGAAAUCUUGCUGAAAAGGAAAGGAAGAAAUCUCUUUUAAGCAAAAAACAUAAGAGACUUUUGGAUCGUAUCGAAUUUGGAAAAGAACGCAAGGCUACAAAACGUCGGGAGUUAGAAGAGAAACGUCGGAAAUUGGAAGAGAAUCGUUGUGUUUCUAAAAAAUAUUCUGUUUGAUGUAGUGAAAAUACAAUGGAAAUGUGCACUGUGUUGUUUUGGU